AUGUCUCCUGUGAUAUACACGGUGGAAUCUUCUACUGAUGUCCUCAUCAAAAAGGGUAGAAACAACCGCACUAUCCAUGAUUUAGCAUACAUUAUGGAUGGGUUUAUCUACCCUGUAUCAUUCACUGGAAUGCUUGUCAAUGCAAAUAUUGCUAUUCGUAUAUUGCUAUUCCCUCUUGCAGAUGCAAUACACUAUAAAAAUACUGAAGUUAUCAAGCUUUUAGAAAAACAUGGAGCUAAACUUCAGAUUGCUCCUAUGCAUGUUAAAAAUCUUCGUGAAGUACCCGAAUAUGAGAUAGAUCCUAGUGAACUUGAUUUCUCUAACAGUGUUCAAAUUACUAAGGGAACAUUCCACAUGGCGACAUGGCGUGGAGUCCAGGUUGCUGUUAAAAGGCUUGAUGAAGAUGUGAUAUCCGAUGAGGAUAAAGUGAAGGCAUUUAGGGAUGAACUUGCACUGCUCCAGAAAAUAAGGCAUCCUAAUGUUGUCCAAUUUUUAGGCGCUGUUACUCAAAGCAGUCCUAUGAUGAUUGUUACGGAAUAUUUGCCCAAGGGUGACCUCCGAGCCUUCUUAAAAAGAAAAGGGGCCUUAAAGCCACUAUUGGCAGUAACAUUUGGGCUGGAUAUUGCAAGGGGAAUGAAUUAUUUGCAUGAACAUAAACCUGAAGCAAUCAUCCACCGAGACCUUGAGCCCUCAAAUAUUUUGCGGGAUGAUUCAGGACACCUGAAAGUUGCAGACUUUGGCCUGAGCAAGUUGCUGAACAUGACUAAAUCUGUCAGAGAGGAUCAACCACUGGUUUGUGAAGACAAUGGCUGCAGGUAUGUAGCUCCAGAAGUAUUUCGUAAUGAAGAAUAUGACACAAAAGUGGAUGUCUUUUCUUUUGCUUUGAUUCUUCAAGAGAUGAUUGAAGGCUGCAUGCCCUUUAAUACUAAACCGGAUUCUGGAGUUCCGAAGUUAUAUGCUGCUAAAGAAAGGCCACCUUUUAGAGCUCCAAUGAGGCACUACCCGUAUGGAUUAAAAGAGUUAAUUGUCACGUGCUGGAGUGAAAAUCCUGCUGAUAGACCAACCUGUAGAGAGAUUAUUGAACGUUUGACAUAUAUCCGGAAUCACAUUACUCAGAAACAGCACUGGAAGAUCAGAGCUUUAAGGUGCUUCCAGAAUAUUGAGGCAAUAUGGAAAGACCGGUCUAAUAACCCAAGCAGUCGAUCGACCCGGUCCACAAGUUCAAAUUUCUAACUAAAGGAAGCAUUGAAAUUUGUGAAGAUUCUCCUUCAUACAAAGAAGCAGUAAAGUGAGCUCAGAGAAUGGCGUUGUACAGGUUAUGCUUCCCUUAAAUUGCUUUUGUUACAGAACCUACAAUCAGCCUCGUGUUUUGGGCUUCAUUCAGUUUUUAUUAUUUAAAAAAUAAUAAUAAAUGUAUGAGUUUGAUAUUUAUAAUUUUUUCUUAGGCCUUUUAUGUUGUUAA